AAUUGUUAUCGCCAAAAAUGCGCAUCUCGCCUACCUCGUCGAACACCUGGGUCGCCCUGACCAUAGCACCAAGCACUUGGGCCGCCUUGGCCUCGACGCCCAAUGCCUGGGACUCCUGGGCAGUGGCGUCCAGGUCCUCCCCCUCCUCGCCUGCACGAGCAGCCAGUGCAGCAGCGAGCACAAUAGGCUUGCCUAGCUAUGCCCGCCUCCCUGAUUUCCUCCCUCGGCUCACCAAAGGCACUUCAACAGCCUAG